AUGUCGGGCAGAAGAGGAGGAAACCGCAUCAGUGGUCCGCAAUCAGCAUUGACGGACUUCUUGGCCUCCAACAACAUCUCAGCAGCCCAAAUCCGUGAGGACUUCCAGCGACGCCAGAGACAAUCAGUCGUAGAUGAGACCGCUGGAGAAGGCGCCUCCAAUCAGACACCAAACGACGACGAUGAUGAGGCAGUAGCUGCCGCAGUGGCGAUCGAGGUGGCGGAAGAGGAAGAACGCGCAAAAGCGAAGACAAAGAAGCGAAAGCGCAACGAGAAAGAGGCCAUCGACAAGAUCAAGAAGGCCAAGGCCUUUGCCUCGAAGAAGGGCAAGAAGAAGUCCAAGAAGGAUGACUCCGAUGACGAUGACGAGUACGAAGGUGACUUUGCACGGGACAUGUACAAAAAAUCGAAGCCAUUGCCUGGACAAUUCGAGCAUUGCGACGUGUGCAACAAGCGAUUUACCGUCACACCAUACAGCAAAGAGGGCCCAGAUGGCGGCUUGUUGUGCACACCAUGCGGGAAAGAGAUGGCCAAGGACAUCAAGGCAGAGAAGAAAGCCACAGCCAAACCUGCUGGCAGGAAGCGGCGCAAGGUCGAAAGUGACCGCUUGGACGGCCUGGCAGUCGGCGGAGCUAAGACACUUCAGCAGAUAUGUCUGGCCAAGGUUGCACAGCACCACGAAGACGUAGAAGAGCUGGGGGAUAUGCCACAACCGGUGCUUGAGCGCCUGAGCGAGAUCUUCUCAAAGAAGCGAGUGAUGAAGCCAAAGACUCUCCCGCUCUUCCUCCGGCCCGAUCACGAUGCAGUGAUUGUGCAUGAUGCAGCGUAUCUCGAGGCAGAAGACUACGACCGCAUAUUCGCAACGGUGCCAAAGAUGGAGAAGCUUGUUCUGGGCAAUGCUUGUCAGAUGAAGGAUUCUGGCAUCGACUACAUGUUGGACAAGUGCCACGGUCUGAAGCAUCUGCAGAUGUAUGCUGCCAACCUCGUGACGAAUGAAAUGUGGUCGAGGCUGUUCCGCGAGGCAGGUGAGAAACUCGAGGCUGUUAAGCUCAAAUGGCUCGAUGCAGCGUUCGAAGACGAAACAGUCAGGGACAUGGUCAAGCACUCUCCCAACCUCCGUCGACUGAAGCUCAAGCUUUGUCGUCGACUCGGCGAGGAUGCUGUGGCAGCCAUAUCCGAUGUGGCGCAUCUCGAGCAUCUUUCUCUGCUGCUCAAUAAGGAGGUUUCUGUCGAGACCUGGGUCGACCUCAUUACGAAACGCGGGUCUGGACUUCGUACCCUUUCUCUGGAGAAGUUCUUGGAUGCCGACGAUUCUGUGCUCGACGCGGUGCACAACUCCUGUGUUCAACUAUCUAAGUUGAGGUUCAGCGAGAACGACACUGCCACGGACGCAGGCUACGAAGCUUUGUUUACAGGCUGGGCGAAUCAACCGCUGACCUUUGUCGACUUCAGCUCAACCCGCGAUAUGGACAACAACAACCCAGAAGGCCCGGAAGACGCGAUUGGGUUCGCUUCAGCAGGAUUUCGAGCGCUGAUGGCACACUCCGGCUCGAAGCUCAAGCAUUUGGACAUCGCAUCUUGUCGCCACAUUGACUUACGCGCGUUCAUGGAUGUCUUCAACGGUGCCCAGAUUUACCCAGAUCUCGAGCACAUCAACGUCAGCUUUUGCGGCUGCAUUGACAACACUGUGGUCGCGGGCAUAUUCGCGAGCUGUCCAAGGCUGAAGAAGCUGGUAGCAUUCGGCUGCUUCGCGGUUGGAGAGGUUGUGGUCCCGCGUAACAUUGGUUUGAUCGGCAUACCUCGUGCACAGGACUCCAUUGAGCAGUACGGUGUAGGAAUCGAUCUCGACGAAGCGCUGACCCGGAUGAAAGAGAUUCAGGCUACAGAGGUGGCAGCUGCUGCUUAUGAGGACGAGAAAUGGACGCUGGAGGAUGUACAGAACUCUGCUCACGCUUCAGGACGACUUAGAUGA